AUGUAUGCAUCUGAUGCCGACUCGAAGGACAAUCCAAAUGUGAAGAACCAUUACUUGAUUCAGAUCGUGAGUCUCUGGAUGGAACGUGGGAAUAUGCCCGGUUGGAAUCAUCUGAGUGAGGAAUUAAAGGUGGGUGGUCUGUUUGGACUGCUGGAUCACGUAUGCUUGACUGGAGCAAAUCUUGCGAACUUGUACUGGGAUCAUCUGACUUAUGGCUGA